AUGACUUCAAAACAAGAUGAACACAUUCAAUGGAUUGAGGGGCUUCGUGGCAUUGCAUCGACGCUGGUUUGGAUCGCCCAUGUUACACGUGCAUUUGAUCUUGAUCUCUAUUCUCCAGUCUCGAGCAAAGGACUAAGGCCACGACUUCUGCAACUUCCUUUCCUUCGGAUCAUGAUUCAGGGCAGACUGGGCGUGAUUAUAUUCAUUUAUGUCACGGGCUAUGUAUGUGCAUUGAAGCCUUUGUCACUAUUUCGACGGGGCAAUUAUGAAGCAGGCUGGAGUUGCAUUUCAAAGUCUGCGCUUCGGCGACUUCCACGCCUGUUAUAUCCUAGUGCCAUUGCAACAACUGUCGCAUGGACUGCGACACAGCUGGGCCUCUUCCAGGUCGCGAAGAUGACCGACAGCUACUAUUUGACUGAAACAGCCCAAGAGAAGUUACCAAUAUCUUUGGCUGUCAGAGAGCUCUUUGUCAAUGUCUUCAACACUUGGACUGGAGUCGGGAAUAAAUACGAUGUUCACCAGGGUACGCUCUUUGUACUUUUCAAGGGCGGGAUGUUCGUGCUUCUUUUUAUCAGUACGACUGCAAAGGUGCAAGGAAAGUUCAGAAUGGGUGCAUCAUUACUUCUCUGGGGCUACUAUUGGUGUUGUGCAGAACCAUAUUUCAUGCAAUUCUGGUGGGGAGUCUUCAUGAACGAUUUGCACAACUCCCGAGUGUUCCAGCGCAUCUCAUGGAGCAAGUCUCGAUUCAUCCCCAUCCUCGGUUUCUUGUCCGUGGCAAUCGGCCUGUUUAUCGCAUCAUACCCUGAAAGUAACAUUGAAAGGGCUUACUGGUCACGAUCGCAAGAUUGGAUACUAUCAGCAAUUCUUCCCAAGGAUUCCGAAAUUCCGAAAUUUGCAUCCAGCUUUGGGUUCAGCCUUUUGACAAUCGGUGGAGCCCUACUCCCUGGGUAUACGGACAUUCUAUCACAUCGUAUCCUACUAUGGCUUGGGAAGCGGUCUUUUGCGAUUCAGCAGCCAGAAGGCGGUUCUCCAAAGGUUGAAUAUGCAGGCAAUAUGCGGUUACUCUUCUGUUUGCCGGUCUGGCUUGGUGUUUUAUAUGGACUUGCUGAGAUCUGGACGAGAUAUGUUGACACAGCAGCUGAACGGUUCACGACCCAGCUUGUUGCUUAUAUACGACAGGAGGAUGUCAAGGGAUUAUCGCUUGUAUGA